AUGGGGACUGGGUAUGAAUGUCCAUAUGCUAUUCAAGCAAGCUACCAUCGAGCUGCUCUUCAUAAUCAUGAACCGGGGAAGUCCACCUCCACCCUGAGCAUGGAGGAUCCUGUUCUGGACAUCUUGUCUUAUGGAGGGAUCCAGUUCGUUUUGAAGCCCAGGCACGUGGCUGAAAGGCCGCGCCGCUGCGGCUUUCCCACGAACUGGCUGUCUUGCUGGGGCAUUACCAGAAGCCAUAAUGACGUGCCCCAGGACGCCGCUCCUGCUCUUUCAGUGCCAACAUUCCUGAGAGUGUCUGGUGUGGAGGACCUGAUGCUCACGCUUUGGGAGUUGAUCCGCCUUAUCAAGCAGAAAGGGCCAAAGACAGAGAAUAUUUUUCAAAAAGUUGGUGACCUAAAGUCAUUUAUAGCCCUGAAGGAAAGAUUCAAUACAGGAGAUAGAGGCGACUGGGGCAAUGAAUCGCCACUUGUGUUAGCAACACUAUUAAAGGAUUGCCUUCGAGCCUUUCCUAACACCCUGUUUUCAGCUGACCUCUAUGAUCAGUGGCUGAAUGUUCUUGAUGAAGGCAAUGACGAGGAGGCCAGAGACAUCCAGAGGCUUUUAGCCCAUCUGCCCAGAGCUAACGCAGCUGUCCUAAGACACUUGUUUUCAUCAUUAUAUGCAAUCUCACGUAAUGCAUCAUACAAUCAAAUGACUACAUCAAAGUUAGCUUUGUGCAUCACCCCGAGCCUUCUGUGUGUCUGGCGAUCUACUUCAACAAGCCCAGCCCUCGAAGGCGAAUUGAGGAGAAAGAUUUCCCUUGUGGAGUUUAUGAUUGCAAGUUAUCCCAGAAUAUUUGGAGAUGACCAGAAGUCUAAGAAGAGCUGUAUGAAUUCCAAAAGAAACUUUGGAGAGAGUAGCCGGCAAGUCAUCGCCACUGCGGGGCAGAGUGCUGCCGGCCUAGAUGCCGAGCCUGACAACCGAGAACCAGUGCCGGACGUGCCACAGCCAGGCGUGAAUAUGAAUGCUGAAACCAAGCCCCGCCACGGAAGUAUGAUAGUCUCACUGGAGUCAGACCCAGAAUCAGGCAUGGUGACUGACUAG